AUGGGUCCUUGCCAGGGCGGGGCGGGGACGGAGCGCGACCCGCCCAGCCAGCCGCGAGCCAAGAUGGCGGUGCUGGCGGUGCUGGCGGCGCUGGAGGCGCGUGGGACGGCGGCGGGGGCGUGGCGACACCGGAUUCUUGGCGGAGCGAGGGCGCCACAGGGGAGAGGAGUGGGUGCUGUCGUGCUGGCGGCGAGGUUCCGCGUCACGCCCAGCAGAGCCGUGUUGACAUCUGGUGGGCAAAUGGCUGGCCUGGGCAACUACAAGAUGCGAGGGACAUGACCCAGCAUGGGCGUGGCAGUGCUGGACUAGCACCUGGCAGUGGCCAAGGUUUGACGAGCGGACAGGCAGUGCUGCGAUGACGUGGCCCUGGCCGCAGCCCAUGGCCUGGGGCUGGUGUUGCUUAAGCCACAGAGGCUCAUGAGCCUUAGCAGUCUCAGUGUCACCAGUGCAGCUGAGAUCUACAGGCUUUGGAUCUACCCAGAAGACAUUUAUCUAGUUCACAAUGACCUGGACAAGGCCUUGGGGAAGGUGGCAUUCAAGGUGGGAGGCAGCACAAGGGCUCAGCUCAGAGUUUGCACUGGGUGGCUGGAGGGUGAACUGACAGUGUCCAGCUAUGUCCUGACUCUGUUCAGCACCAAGUCGCUGGAGAAGCUGGAGCAGGUCCUGGCUCAGGCAGCAACAUUACUGCUGGAGCACAUGCUGUGGAGGAGAGCACCCAUGAGGAGCUGGGGGCAGAGGAUGAUGUGA